UAGGUUAACACGCAUCAUGUAUUUCCCCGAAGCAUAGUCAUCGCAUCAAACGGAUCUGUAGCUAUUUUUUAACCCUUGAAAACUUUUGUCCUGCUAUUUAAACCCGAAAUUAGUUAAUUAUUCCCAACUACCUAGUCUCAUCCGACAGCAUAAUUGUUGAGCUGAAAAGUUCCACAGAACAAGUGAAAGUCAAUUUAACGACUUUCCCUAUACGCCUGCACUCCUACGACGCAACUUUAGUAGUAACUGCCCCAUUUCUACUUUGGUCGUGGUUUACUUGAAGUGUGUUGACUUGGGAAGAAAUAAACACAUAAAGACGCAAUUCGGCGUGUCGUCGUUCAUCCUCCUCGUGAUUGGUGGUCAUUAAAGAAUAAAAAGAGGAUACAUAAAUGAGGAGAAGUAGGAAACGACCACUGACAGAGUGCUUGUCUGAAAAUAACGGACCUCCAGAUAACAAGCGGAAUCGCCCCUCAGAGGAACAACGCGUACCCCCACCACUCCCACAAACCGGAAAUAAUAAUAGUCGAUAUCGUAGAAGACGAGGGAGAAGGUCGGUCUUUAAUCAGUCGCAGCAUAUUGAGGAACGAAGUAACAGUGGAUUUGACGCAGAAGGACAAAGACGAAAACGACACAUUAACAAUAACGCAUCAGUUUCUGACUCAACUUCAAUCGAAGUCGAUGAAAACGACAUUGCAGAAUUAAGUCUGCAACUGAAAAAGGCCCGUCUUCGACCCGUCUUCUUUACAAUUUCGUCCUUCAUCGAGCAGACUGUGACCGACGUGAGUGUCACCGUUGGGGACGAGGAAGAAUCAGGAUCAACGAAUAAUAAUAAUAUUUUUUACAAUCAUGGCGACGGUACCGACGCGACGUCCACUUUUACAUUUGUUCUCCCACUCCCAGCCCCCCAGUCCGCAGGGGAUGAAUACGGUCACAGCGCUGACCGCGAUAAUGCUACUGCUCAUGAGGAGAAGGCAUAGUCAGCCAUAGACAUAGAUUCGAUAGACGCUAAAUUUAUUUAUUACGACUAAAAUUUAUACAGUAGGAAAAACAAUAAUGCGUACUUAUGAAAAACUGACUUGUGAUAUUCGCAAAAUACAUACUUCGCAUAACAUGGGAAAUAAGAAGAGAUGUUCUCUUGUGAGUUUAUAACGCCAUGAUGCAAAAAUUUUGAUUAGUGUAUUUCGAAAAUUUUGGAAUUUUUAAUAUUUGAACUUGAUAUGUAAAUGAAAUUGGAAAUGCGUUUCUCAAUUAUACCAUUUUAUGACGAUAUUACUUGAAUAAAACUCUAAAUUAGAGACGUAAUUGAG